AUGGAUGCGAUCAUGCAAAUGAUGUACACCUUUCAUGAAGCAGUUGAUGAAGCCAUCUUUCCAUUUCAAAUAAAAUUAGCUGCCGGAUUGGCGUGCAAGUCACUUGAAAUUAUCGAAUGUUAUGAGCUGUUACCCAACGCUGUUCUUGCUACACGAUUGCAGAUGAUUAAAACCAACUUUAUUUUAAUUUUCAACUGUGAAGCUUUUGAAGUAGAAAAAGUUUUUGAAGGGGAAAACGGAGAGAACUCGUCAAAACAAUCUAAAUACUAUUCCAUCAUUUUCAGUAACGUUUCGCCGCAAGGAUGUUGCAUUCAUUUCCUGGUUUAUGAAACAUUUGUAUGGAAAGGAACAACCUAG